AUGUUAGUAUUUAAGGGAAUAAUAUCGAUAGGGGAAACUCAUUGUUGUGAGAGCAUUGAGCCAUUUAAGGUUAAAGGAAAUCAUAGUUGUGAAAGCGUUGUUACUAUUAAAGUUAAUGAGAAAUUCAUAGAUGUGAAAGCAUUGUUACUAUUAAG